AAUCCAUAAAAAAAAAAGCCCACACUGAAUAAGCCGCCAUUAUUGUCUCUCUCUGCUCUCUCGCUCUGCCCUGCCUGCCCCACAACAAGAACCAGCACAUUCACAACCCACAAUCCAGAAGCUUGCUUUCCUUUUUCCUGCAUCCCAAAGGGCCUGCUGCAUAAAGCAAAGAUCUACUACUUUAAACCUCCAAUUCGGAUUGAUCUUGAUCAACCGAAACCCAAUUCAUCCUUUUCACAAAUCCCAAAACAAAGUAACAGAAAACCCACAACUUUUUGCCCCUUGAUUCCAUCCAUAAAGUAACUUAAUUGAUUUUUUUUUUCCCGAUAGAGUAAGGAGUUGCUACUGGCAUUUUGGGGAAAUAGGCUAUUUGCAUUUUUUUCCUGCAACAUUCGAUAUUCGACCUAGCUAUUAAAUGUUUAACUGCCGCAAGAGUUGUCUUUUCUAUCAACUGAAGAACGGGGAUAAUUGCAAAUUGUAGUAGCGGUUGCCCAGACGAAAGAUUUUAAUCGGUGGAACGUUUGUGGUUAACCGAACAAGACAUGGGGCCUCUGUAUUAUAUAAUUGUUGCAUUGCCUUGCACAAUUGGGGCUAUUGCCUUGGCGAUUUCACACAUUUACAGGCAUCUUUUGAAUUACACGGAGCCUACUUAUCAGAGAUACAUUGUCCGCAUUAUCUUUAUGGUUCCUGUUUAUGCAUUAAUGUCUUUCUUGUCCCUUCUCCUCGAUGACAAAGCUAUCUAUUUUGAUUCAAUUAGAGAAAUAUAUGAAGCAUGGGUCAUAUAUAAUUUCCUGUCAUUAUGCUUGGCAUGGGUGGGUGGCCCUGGAGCUGUCGUGAUUAGUCUGAGUGGUAGAGUUCUGAAGCCAAAUUGGUGCUUGAUGACAUGCUGCUUUCCGCCAAUUCCAUUAGAUGGGCGCUUUAUAAGAAGGUGCAAACAAGGGUGUCUGCAGUUUGUCAUCCUCAAGCCAUUUUUGGUUGCAAUCACAUUGAUAUUGUAUGCAAAAGGAAAGUAUGAGGAUGGGAACUUUAAUCCAAUGCAAGCAUAUCUCUACCUCACCAUCAUCUACACAUUCUCAUACUCCAUGGCACUUUAUGCCUUGGCAUUGUUCUACGUCGCAUGCAGAGAUCUGCUUCAGCCGUUUAAUCCAGUUCCAAAGUUUAUCAUAAUCAAAUCUGUUGUGUUUCUUACUUACUGGCAGGGUGUUUUGGUAUUUCUUGCUGCGAAGUCUGGCUUUAUAAAAGAUACAAAGGAAGCUGCAGAAUUCCAGAGUUUUAUAAUUUGUGUGGAGAUGCUUAUUGCAGCUGUGGGACAUCUUUAUGCAUUUCCAUACAAGGAGUAUGCAGGUGCAAAUGUGGUUGGUUCACGUGGAUUUACCGCUAGCCUUGCACAUGCUCUUAAACUAAAUGACUUUUACCAUGAUACAGUCCACCAGUUUGCACCAACUUAUCACGAUUACGUACUCUAUAACCAUAGUGAAGGUGAAGAGGGAGCUAGGAAGUAUAGGGCACGAACUUUCGUUCCCACCGGACCAGAAAUGGAUACUGUUAGAAAAAGCAAGCACAUAUUUGGGAACAAAUUGGAAGAUAUACAGCUCUCCAGCCUUUCAUCUUCAGGAAGUAGCACACCGCAAAAUCCUGGUGCUGUACAGGAUACUGCAAAAUCAGAGGCAAUGAAUUCAUCAUUGCUCAUGGAUUCAUCUAAUGGUCUCUCUGCACCUUAUGAUCUGUCAUUAAUCGACAUAGAUAUGUCUAAUUACCCAGAGAAGGUACCUGCAGCUAAUGAAUCUGGGCAAAGGUGACGUGUAUUUUCUUUUUCGAGGACUGUUCUUUUGAAUUACUGACUUUAGAAAUGUACAUGUAGGUGAUUGAUCUGGUUCUCUCUAGUGGUGUAAUUUGCUAUUUGUUAAAUAUAUACCUCCUGUUGUCAUUUGUAUUGUAGAUAUGAUAUGUUAACUAAGGUCAUUACGUUGUCACAAAAUUGGGAUUGGGUAAUUUUCUUUUCGCCAUCUCAGACAUGUGGACAAGGACCCUUGAGUCUGAAUUUCCUUGGGAUUACCUUUUUUUUCUUUCAAAGGAUCAAUAGUGGUUCCCCACUUACACUUAGAUUACUUAUUGAUUUGAUUGUUUUCUA